UCUCUCCCUCUCUCUCAUCUGAAAAUUUCCAUCUUCGCUGUUACCGCAAAAUCAAACCACGGCCGCCGUGACCGACCCGAAUCCGAAUUCCGAAGUGGCGGCUCCGCUUUUACGCCUCGUAAUUCGCCCUCCCCCGUCUCAUAAUCCACCACCAUCGCGAAUGGACUUCGAAUCUGGGUGCAGGAUUUUAGUGGCGCUAGGGUUCUUGGAGCAUUGAGGAGGAGUGGUUUUGAUUUGCUAGGGUUAGGGUUUGAGCAUUUGCUUUGUUGAAAUUGAAAGAGUUUGAUUUUGCUAGGGUUUUGUUUCCUGCGAAAAAUUGGCCCAAGGGGGGGUUAGAGGAUAAUGUGUAUACUGUGUGUGAUUCAGAAGUGGUCUCGCCGGGUUGCGACAAUGCUUCCUUGGUUAGUUAUUCCGUUAAUAGGACUGUGGGCCCUGUCUCAGCUCUUGCCGCCGGCCUUUCGGUUUGAGAUUACUUCGCCGAGGCUUGCCUGCGUGUUUGUGCUGCUAGUUACUUUGUUUUGGUACGAGAUUUUGAUGCCCCAGCUCUCGGCGUGGAGGUUGAGGCGCAAUGCCAGGCUUAGGGAGAGGAAGAGGUUUGAGGCGAUAGAGUUGCAGAAGUUGAGGAAGACUGCGACGAGGCGGUGCAGGAACUGUUUGACUCCUUAUAGGGAUCAGAAUCCUGGCGGCGGUCGGUUUAUGUGUUCUUAUUGCGGGCAUAUUUCGAAGAGACCGGUUUUGGACUUGCCUGUACCUGGGAUAGGGCUGUCGAAUGCGGGAAUUAUCAAGGAUUUGAUUGGGAAAGGGGGAAAAAUAUUGAAUGGAAAGGUAUGGUCGGAAAAUGGGUGGAUGUGUGGUCAAGAUUGGUUGGAGAAUGGGAAUUGGGUCGGUGGUUCUAUAGGUGGGAAGUCUAGUUAUUGGAGGAAGGAUGGGAGCAGUGUUUUUGGAGGGGAUGAGAAUUGUUUGGCAGAGAAGUCUUAUUCGGGUGUUGUUAUUUUUGCCUGCAAGCUACUGACGUCAUUUUUCUUGAGUGUUAGAUGGCUUUGGAGAAAGAUAUUUAGGAUUAGUUCAUCAGGAGAUGAUGCUGCAUCUGAAGAGCAUAAAGCAAUGUUGGCCAAGAGGGGUGAGAAUGGGGUCAACUUUCAAGAGAGUAGAGGAGAAAAGGCACGCAGAAAAGCAGAAGAAAAGAGACAAGCUAGGAUAGAGAAGGAGCUCUUAGAAGAGGAAGAGAGGAAGCAAAGGGAGGAAGUCGCAAGGCUGGUGGAGGAACGCAGGAAACUUAGGGAUGAGAAAAAGGAAGCUGAAAGAGGAGAUCAUGGGAAAACACCGCCACCUGUGAGGGAGAAGGAUAGUAAGAAGGAAGCAGAAAAGAGACGUCAGGAUAGAAGGAAAGAUAAAGACAAGGGUUCAAGCAAGAGCAAUUCUGAUGUAGAAGAGUUGGAAAAGAGAGCAGGUAAGGAGAGUGACCGGAAACGGGACUUUGACAAGAAGAAUGACAUUGAACGUCAGGAGCUUCAGAAAUCAGGGACAGACUUUUUCAAGGGUCAAAGCACUGAGGUGGGGUAUGCUGCAAAGAAUAUAUCUUCAAAUAGUUCAGUGAGGGGAAAUGCCGGAUCUAGGUACCUUGACCGCAUGAGGGGUACAAUCUUUUCUUCUUCAAAAGCAUUUAGUGGAGGUAGUUUCUUUGGAAAGGGUUCCAAUACUACAGUGACGAAAGAAACCAAAUCUAGCAUUUCUGUGGAUCAUGUCCAUAGCUCUCCCCACAGGAAAGACUUAUUCCCACCCGAGCGCGUAGCUGGCAGACCUUUGAUGAAUGGAGAUGAUAAAAGUAUUAGCCGCCCUAUUCAGUCCGAAUCACAGCCAGGGACAGUGCCGAAAAAAUCAUGGCAGCAAUUAUUUACGCGUUCAUCAUCCGUUCCUGCAUCCUCAACUGUAAAUGUAAUCAGUAGACCAAAUGCAAAGUCCCAAACAGAAGUGCAUACUCCUAUGUCAUCUGGUCAACCGUCAUCAAUACAAUCUUUUGACAAUCCAAUUAAUUUUGGUCUGCCAUCACCAUUCACCAUAUCUCCCUUUUCUAAAGGAGUCCCUAGCAGCAGUUUAGGCUUUUCACCUGCAAUUGAACCCAUGUUCCCUCGCGUUGGAGAAGGGCAUCAUGAACCAAUACAUGAAGAGCCAGAGCUUUUUGAAGACCCAUGUUAUGUUCCUGAUCCGGUAUCUUUGCUUGGGCCUGUCUCUGAGUCACUUGAUAAUUUUCAGUUGGACAUGGGGACUGGCUUCGUGAAAGAUCUGGGAUCGGACAGGCCUCGCACAUUAAAGAAUGUAUCUGCUUCUUCUGAUCUCAACAAGCCAUCUCCAAUUGAGUCACCUUUUUCACGAGAAAAACAUAACUGUAAUCGCUUUCCAAGUACACCAAGGGCCCACGAUAUGCAUUCUCCACCCCUAGAUGAUGCAAAUGCAAAUGAUAAGGGUACGUGGAAAAUGUGGAAUAGUUGUCCUCUUGGCCAGGAAGGUUUAGGUUUAGCAGGUGGCCCAGCAAGCUGGCUUCUACCUCCUGAAUUGAACAGAUCCAGCAAGGAUGAUUCAUCUCAUAUGUCACUGUUUUCAACAGAAGAACAGGUUCCUGGCCCUCACUCUCCUCGCCAUCAAAGCAUUUUCCUUGGUAAUGGCCAUAAUGGUGGGACAUUCAGCCCCGUGACUGGUUCAAGUGAUCAUGAUCCUUGGUUACAAAAGGCAUAUUUUCCACCAUUGUCAACUGCUGAACCCCAUCUUCCUCUCAAACCUCCAGAGGAAGUUACGAAGAAAGAAAUAUUUUUUGGGAGUCCCAGCAGAUCAACUACCAAUCAUGCGUUUGAGCUGUCUCCAGGAAAUGGCUGGUCCAAGAGGGAAUCGAUUGAAUGCAGUGGUCAGGGUACAGCAGGGGAAGGUGUUGGAAAGCCGUCAGUUGUUAGGCCUCAUGUCAGGGGUCCUUAUCCUCCUGCCCCAGAUGUACAGUCGCUUUGGUCUUAUGUUUGAAAACAGAAAAUGAGAGAAUAUGAGGGACUAAAAAAAACACACCUCCUGUUCUCUAAUAGAGAGGCAAAUAGCCUCUUUUGGAGUAGAGUUUAGAAUACUGAAUGCAUUGUAUCUUCCUGCUCAUCUUUAUAAGGGAGAUUGAUGUUUACUUA